UGCCUUUUGAUGCCACUGGUUGGAUGAAAAAUCCUUUUAAAAAUUUUGGUUCAGAUAAAGAUUCAUAUUUGAAAAGUAUUAUUGAUAAAUUACCCAACAUGGUGGCGAAUGGAAAUAUUGAUGUAUUCACACCUUCAACUAAAUGGCUUGCGGCACCUUUUUAUAUGCCCAAGGAAUUGGAAAAUUUUGGUAGUCCAGAUGUUAGGAACUUUGUACAACCUACCGUUAAUGCAGCAGUGGCAAGCACCGUCCUCAAUCAUUAUGGCUUUACCUAUUGCAACCACGUAAAUCAAGGUCUCUGUGGUAAAUGUUGCAUGGCACAAUGUGCUAUGGGUGCUUGCCAAAUUCGUGGUACAUAUGACUGUG